AUGGAGGAUCGGAGCUGGAUGUCUCUUCGCAACCGUGCAUGUGCUCAGUACUUAGAUGGUCUGAAAUUAUUCAUAAGAGCUGCAGAGGCGGAUAUGUUGAAUCGACACAAGACAACUAUGUGGUGUCCAUGCAUUGAUUGUGAGAAUAAGAAGCAGUUCUUGAGUUCAUUAACACUCCAUGCCCACCUGAUCCUCCGAGGAUUCAUGGAUCACUACAGAUGUUGGAACAAGCAUGGAGAAGGAGUUAAUGAUCGAGACUUGCAAGUUGGUUGUAUGGACCAAGGAUUCUCUGGUGACCUACGUCAGGAUGAUGGAACUCAUGGUGCUGGUCAGGACAACGAGGAAGGACCCUUUUGCAUCCUGGAUCUCACCGAUGACAAGCUAGCAGAUAUCAAUGCCAAUUAUGCCCAGAAGUCACAGGACCUUGAGGAGAUGGUGCGUGAUGCCAUGGGCUUUGAUGAGUACACUGAGGCGGAGAUGAAGAAGCUGAAGAGGUUGAUGGAAGACAUGAGGACUCCUCUCCAUCAGAGCUGCAAGGCAAACCAGGCCGCGUGCGCGCUGUUUCAAGUUACACUGGCUGGAAGCAUGGUUGGCCUGGGUGUUCUAGCAUGUAUAGAAAAAGAAAGAGACCAAGGCUUGUUGGUAAGACCACCACCUUCUAGGACCCCUAGUCCUGCCUGUGGACGAAGGAGCAGUUGUGCCUCUGCCUCCAACGCUGUUCCAAACGACUUGGAGUUGGGGCCUAGUUCAGUUUCUCCAGAUACUAUUGAUCUUCUUGAAGAGCCAACCCAAUGUUCCUUGGUAGUGAACCUUGGAAACUAUCGACCUGUGGUUGCAGAGGGUCGGGUGUUCCCAAAGGAGUUUGUGCAAGAAUCAGUCCAAAUAAAUUAUGAUUAUGCAAUAGUCCAAGUGGAAUGUGUACAUCAGGGUUAUGAGGAUUAUGUGCUGCAGCCGCCCCCUAAUGAUGAUAUCAAAACACUUAGAGAAGCUCUACUACAGAGGAUAUAG